ACUCCAGCGCUGUUCGCUCUCCUGUACUUUUUUUUUUAAUUGGGUGUAGUUCUUGACCAGCUCUUGACUAUGUCGGAAACGGCUCCUGCAGCCUCAAGUACUCUUGUUCCAGCUCCUGUAGAGAAACCUGCAACUAAAAGGCGAGGGAAGAAGCCUGGCAUGGCCACUGCUCGCAAACCUCGGGGUUUCUCGGUUUCCAAGUUGAUUCCUGAGGCCCUUUCCAUGUCUCAGGAACGGGCAGGAAUGUCCCUUGCUGCCCUGAAGAAAGCCCUGGCUGCGGCUGGCUAUGACGUGGAGAAGAACAACAGUCGUAUCAAGCUGGCCCUCAAGAGACUUGUGAAUAAGGGAGUCCUGGUGCAGACCAAGGGCACCGGAGCCUCAGGCUCCUUCAAGCUUAGCAAGAAGGCAGCUUCAGGCAACGACAAGGGCAAGGGCAAGAAAUCUGCUUCUGCCAAGGCUAAGAAACUGGGCUUGUCCAGGGCCUCGAGAUCCCCCAAGAGUAGUAAGACCAAGGUUGUCAAGAAGCCAAAAGCUACGCCCACAAAGGGUUCUGGGAGCAGAAGGAAGACCAAAGGGGCCAAGGGCUUGCAACAGCGCAAAAGCCCCGCCAAAGCGAGGGCAACCAACUCCAACUCUGGGAAGUCAAAGAUGGUCAUGCAGAAGACCGACCUAAGGAAGGCAGCAGGAAGAAAGUGAGUUUCAAAGCCAGUUUUCAAAAACCCAAAGGCUCUUUUAAGAGCCACUU